GACGUAAUUGUUACGCUGUUAGAAGGAGUUCAUAUAUUUACAAGUUUAUUAGUUGAUUGUCAUAAAAGAUUGAUCUAGUUAAUAUAAUAAUAUUUUUCAUUAUGGACAUAAAAGAACUUGAAGUAUUUGGAAUAAUAGCAUUUGAUGGUAUAAUGAGAAAUGGUUUACAAUUACAUCCUGAUGGAGAGCAUCUUGUGUAUCCAAUGGGAAAUAAAGUUACUGUCAAACAUGUAAAAACGGGUGAACAAUUCUUUUUUGCUGGUCAUAAAAAUUUCGUUUCUGCUUUAUGUAUUUCAUCUUCUGGCGAUUUAAUAGCUUCUGGUCAAGUAAAUCAUCACGGUUUCAAGGCAAUGGUUAUAAUAUGGGAUUAUAUCAAUCGUAAAAUGAAAUUAAGCUAUGAGAUACACAAAGUUAGAGUCGAAGAUGUAUGUUUUACAGAAAAUGGGAAAUAUCUUAUUAGUCUUGGAGGAAGAGAUGAUGGUCGCAUCAUAAUAUGGGAUAUUGAAAAUGAAAUUCCACUUUGCAGUACUUCCAUUGGGAACGAAUCGUUUGGAAAUAUUACAAUAAUUGCACGAGCUAACGUUUGCAAAACAAGUUUUAUGACUGCUGGAGAUAAAACUUUGAAAUUAUGGCGUAUCGAUUUAGAAGAAAGAAAAAUGUAUGGAACGGAUGUAAAAAUUGGAAAAAUGAAACGUGAAAUUAAUUGUCUAGUUAUAAAUGAAAGUGAUGAAUAUGUAUAUUGUGGAACAACAUCUGGCGACAUUAUAAAAGCAAGGUUGAUGAUAAUCCUUAUUUUUUUUUUUUUGCCAUCUUUGUUCAUUAAAUUAUUUGAAAAUUUCUUUUUUUCAUAUAGAUUAAAUAUUGAAAAAUCCAAAGAAGUAAAUAAAUAUCCGGUAAUGAUUGGAUGUUAUUCAAAGAUACCGACGCAAAAAGGAAAAGCAAAUUCACAAAAUGGAGAAAUAUAUGCAGGAGGUGUAAAAAAUUUAUUGCUUUUAGAGAAGGAAAAAUUAAUUGUAGGUGCUGGCGAUGGAACAGUCGAAUUAAUUGAAAUAAUAAAAGAAUCAAAGCUUACAAAAAUAACAAAAGCAUUAGUCAUACCGGCUAUUAUGACAUAUUGCUCAAGAAAUGUAUGUGCUAUGGUGACAUCAAUGGUUCGCUAUAAAAAUGAAUUUAUAUUAGUAGGAACCGCUUUGUGUGAAAUUUAUGAAAUUGAAUUGGCAAGAUUUCAUAUGCGUUUAAUUGUGACUUGUCAUACGAAUUCAAUAUUCGAUGUGGCAUUUCCACGCAAUUAUUCAGAAAUAUUUGCAACAACUAGUAAAAAUGACAUACGAGUAUGGAAAUUAAUUACUCAAAAAGAAUUGCUUCGAAUUUCUGUACCAAAUUUUAUUUGUUCUAGUAUAUGUUUCAAUUGUAAUGGUAAUUCUAUAAUAUCUGCUUGGAACGAUGGUGCAAUAAGAGGAUUCGCUUUGAAUGGUGGAAAACUAUUAUUCGAAAUUAAUGGCGCUCACACAAAAUCUGUAUCAACAAUUACUAUUACAAACGAUGAUAGUAAACUUAUUAGUGGGGGCUGUGAUGGACAAGUGCGAAUAUGGAAUGCAAAAUCAGAAAUACGAUAUUUAUUGCAAGUUUUAAAAGAACAUAGAGGACCAAUAACAUCGUUACAAGUUUCACCAGAUAAUGAGAAUUUAAUUAGUUCUAGUACUGAUGGCACAUGUAUAUUAUGGAAUUUGAGAAACUUUACGAGGAAAUUUAUGUUGCGAGGAAACACAAUGUACAUGGCAACUUGUUUUGUUCCUAAUGGUGUUCAAAUUUUAACAUGUGGUACAGACCGCAAAAUAGCUUAUUGGGAAACCUUGGAUGGUUCGUUAGUUCGAGAAGUUGAAGGUUCACUUACUGGAACGUUAAAUACUAUAAGUAUUAGUCACGAUGGACAAUAUUUUCUCACUGGAUCAGAUGAUUCUAUUAUCAAAUUAUGGGAAUAUCGCACUGCUAAUACUAUUCGUUUAAGUCUUGCACAUGCUGCCGCGGUUACUCGUUGUAUCUUUGCUCCAGAUGAUACAUUUAUUGUCACGGCAAGUGCGGACGGUGCUAUAAUGAUUUGGAAAUAUCCUUUUUCAGAAAAAUUAAUAAACAAAUAAUAACACAAAUAAUAACAAAUUUUAAUAAUCAUCAAUAACAUAGAUAUCAUAAAUAUGAUUUAUAGAUCAUAUUGUAAAUAAGUUUCAUGUAAA